AUGGCAUUGACUGAGAACUGUAGGACUUAUCAAUCGCCAAAGGACCACGGCGGUGCUCAAACUUCUUCCGAUGUGAUUGAGCUAAACGUAGGAGGACAGGUAUACUAUACUCGUCAUGCUACCCUCACAAGUGUUCCAAAUUCUUUGCUUGGUAAAAUUUUCUCCUCUAAGAAAGACUCCUCCAACGACCUGGCAAGAGACAUGAGGGGACGUUAUUUUAUCGACAGAGAUGGGUUUUUAUUUCGAUAUGUAUUGGACUAUCUUCGAGAUAAACAUGUCGUUUUACCGGAUCACUUUCCUGAGAAAGGGAGAUUGAAGAGAGAGGCUGAAUAUUUUCAACUGCCAGAGCUGGUCAAAAUUUUAUCACCGGACGAGUUUAAACUGCGUCCCGAUGAACACAUUUAUAGUGAUUUCGACGAAGCGUCUCAGGGAAGCGACCAGAGACUGUACCCCUCCUCUUACCUGGACCCGCGCGAUAGGAGAUACGGAUUCAUCACAGUUGGAUACAAGGGUUCGUGCACAGGGGGAAGGGAGUCCCAGACUGAUUCAAAAUCCAGAGGACUAUCAAAAAUUUUCAUUUGCGGGAGGAUUGGUUUAGCGAAAGAAGUAUUUGGAGACACCUUGAACGACAGCCGUGAUCCCGACAGGCCACCUGAACGAUACACCUCUCGAUUCUACCUCAGGUUUAGACACCUGGAAAGAGCAUUUGACAUGCUUGCGGAGAGUGGAUUCCACAUUGUUGCAUGUAAUUCGUCUCUGACCUCCUCUGUUAUCAGUCGACAAGCGGAUGAGCGGUUUUGGAACAGUAGUACAGAGUAUGUCUUUUACCGUGGUCCUUCCGGAUGGUCCUCCUCUCACUGCGACUGCUGCUGCAAGAGCCACAAAAGUGAGCGUGAAGGUGAGAGUGGCACUUCUUUCAACGAGCUCUCCACAUCCUGCUCUGAAACCCAAUCAGAGGCCAGCUCUCCCCACGAGACGGUCAUCCUUAAGCCCGUGAGCCGACCGCCCAACAUCCAGACUCUGGACCGCCCUGUGAGAAAAGGUCCAGCCCAGAUGCUUCAGCAGAGUGAGAUGCGAAGGAGAACUGACCUUCUCCGAACUCGAACCACCGCUGGCCCACGAGACACCAUGGCAGGGAAAAGGAAACCAGUCAAGGAGAAACUGACCGUGCAGCAGGAACUGGAGAGAUGCAUCCAAGACUUCAGACGGAUUAAAAUCCCCGAGCGCUUUCCUGAAAGGAAGCAUAUGUGGCAGUCAGAGCUACUGAGAAAGUAUGAGCUGUGA